AUGGACCAAUCUCUGUUCCUCAUCCUGUUGUUCUCAGGGCUGUCCAUCCUCCCCUCAUUCCUCCCUCAUCAGUUCCACUUUGUGAACUUGACUAAGAACUGGACUGAAGCUCAGAGUUUCUGCAGACAGAACUACACUGACCUGGCCACCAUAGAUGAAGACAUGGCAGAUAUGAAGAAGCUCAAUAACACAAUAGGCAAAAAUGCGACCGAUAAGUACAUUCACAUCAAUGAAUCUAAGACUUGGAGUGAUGCUCAGAGCUACUGUCAGGAGAAACACACAGACCUGGCCAGUGUGAGGAACACAACAGAGAUGGAGGCCGUAAAGACUAUCAUACUAAAACAUGACAACAAUCAAACAUACAGAGCGUGGAUUGGCCUGCAUAAACCUCUUGGUGUCUGGAGGUGGUCCGACCAGAGUGGCUCCUCCUACAGAAACUGGGGCUUAAGAGAGCCGAAUGGGGCAGGUGUGGGAGAGGAAGGAUAUUUCUGUGGAGAAGUAAUAUCGUCUGGAAAGUGGAACGAUAAAGGAUGUACUCAUACACAACCCUUUAUUUGCUACGAAGAUGAACUGGUCCUGGUCUCAGAGAACAAGACGUGGUCAGAAGCCCUGUGGCACUGCAGAGACCAGAACAUGGAGCUGGUGUCUGCCCACAACCAGAACAUCCAGCACUGGGUCCAACAGAAAGCCAAGAAGGCCUCCACUCCCUUCGUCUGGCUGGGCCUGAGGUACACCUGCACCCUGGACUUCUGGUUCUGGGUCAAUGGAGAAGAGUCCUGCUACCACAACUGGUCUGUCGGGGAGGGCUACAACACCAUGAAGGAGCAGUGUGGGAACACGGGGGCCAUACAGAGAGACGGGGGACAGUGGGUCAGCAAGUCUGAGACUGAGAGAUUCAACUUCAUCUGCAGCAACAGUACUGAUUACUAGGACCAGACCCUGCUCUGUAGACCAGCUGAACCCUACAGUCCAGAAUGUUCCAGACCCUGCUCUGUAGACCAGCUGAACCCUACAGCCCAACACAUUGUUCCAGACCCUGCUCUGUAGACCAGCUGAACCCUACAGUUCAGAAUGUUUCAGACCCUGUUCUGUAGACCAGCUGAACCCUACAGCCCAAUACAUUGUUCCAGACCCUGUUCUGUAGACCAGUUGAACCCUACAGCCCAAUACAUUGUUCCAGACCCUGUUCUGUAGACCAGUUGAACCCUACAACCCAACCCAUUGUUCCAGACCCUGCUCUGUAGACCAGCUGAACCCUACAGGCCAGAAUGUUCCAGAUGUACUCAGAUGUACAUCAUACAAGGUGAUGGGAUACUCAUUAUUUUAAAUACAUAUUUGUAUUUGUUUAGUAUUGGGACAGUAACAAAUGUUUAGUAGUUUUGGCUCUGUACUCCAACAUUUUCAUUGCAUCCUAGGAAUAUGGGACCAAAUACUUAGCUUUUGACUAUUUUAGUACAUAUUGAAGUGAAUUUGUCCCAAUACUUUUGGUCCACUAAAAUGGGGGACUAUGUUCAAAAAGUGCUGUCAUUUCUAAACGAUUAACCCGAUAUGGAUGAAAAUACUGACUGUCUGGACUUUAACCUCAUACCCAUUGUAUUAUUAAAGAUCCAAAGUGCUGGAGUACAGAGCCAGAAAAACAAACAUAGUGUCACUGUCCCGAUACUGUUGGAGCUCACUGGAAAUAAAACAUUGAGCUAUAUAGAGCUCACUGGAAAUAAAACAUAGAGCUACGUAGAGCUCACUGGAACUAAAACAUAGAGCUACAUAGAACUCACUGGAAAUAAAACAUAGAACUCACUGGAAAUAAAACAUAGAACUCACUGGAAAUAAAACAUAGAACUCACUGGAAAUAAAACAUAGAACUCACUGGAAAUAAAACAUAGAACUCACUGGAAAUAAAACAUAGAACUACAUAGAACUCACUGGAAAUAAAACAUAGAGCUACAUAUAACACACUGGAAAUAAAAAAUAGAGCUACAUAGAGCUCACUGGAAAUAAAACAUAGAGCUACAUAGAGCUCACUGGAAAUAAAACAGAGCUACAUAGAGCUCACUGGAAAUAAAACAUAGAGCUACAUAGAACUCACUUGAAAUAAAACAUAAAGCUACAUAGAACUCACUGGAAAUAAAACAUAGAGCUACAUAGAACUCACUGGAAAUAAAAUGUAUAGCUACGUAGAGCUCACUGGAAAUAAAACAUAGAGCUACGUAGAGCUCACUAGAAAUACAACAUAGAGUUACGUAGAGCUCCCUGGAAAUAAAACAUAGAGCUACGUAGAGCUCACUAGAAAUAAAACAUAGAGCUACAUAGAACUCUCUGGAAAUAAAACACAGAACUCACUGGAAAUAAAACAUAGAGCUACGUAGAGCUCUCUGGAAAAUAAACAGAGUUACAUAGAGCUCUCUGGAUAUAAACCUUAGAGCUACAUAGAGCUCACUGGAUAUAAAACAUAGAGCUACAUAGAGCUCACUGGAUAUAAACCAUAGAGCUACAUAGAGCUCACUGGAUAUAAAACAUAGAGCUACAUAGAGCUCACUGGAUAUAAAACAUAGAGCUACAUAGAGCUCACUGGAUAUAAAACAUAGAGCUACAUAGAGCUCACUGGAAAUAAAACAUAGAGCUACAUAGAACUCACUGGAUAUAAACCAUAGAGCUACAUAGAGCUCACUGGAUAUAAAACAUAGAGCUACAUAGAGCUCACUGGAUAUAAAACAUAGAGCUACAUAGAGCUCACUGGAUAUAAAACAUAGAGCUACAUAGAGCUCACUGGAUAUAAAACAUAGAGCUACAUAGAGCUCACUGGAUAUAAAACAUAGAGCUACAUAGAGCUCACUGGAUAUAAAACAUAGAGCUACAUAGAGCUCACUGGAUAUAAAACAUAGAGCUACAUAGAGCUCACUGGAUAUAAAACAUAGAGCUACAUAGAGUUCCCUGGAUUAUUGUGACGUGUUCAAUAUUUGUAUAUUAUAACAUGCUUUUUGUUUGUUGUUUUAUUACCGGUUGAUGUCAUUUCAUUUUCAAGGUUAACUCUUCGUUGUUAAAAAAUCAUGUUUUAAUUAUUUUACUUAGAUUUUAUACUUGGUGGUCAAGUCUUCAAUCAAAUAUUUUAUAUAAUAUAUGAUGAUGGAUACAGGAUUGUUUCAUGUUGUUGUUUUUUACAUUUUACAUAAAUACUUUUAUUUUAAUAUUAAGAUACAUUUUAGUUAUUCUUGUUUUCACAUUGACUUAGUGUAUCACUCAUUAAUUAUGUUUUUAUUUUAUUUUAAAGGUCGACAUUUUAGUUAUUCUUGUUUUCACAUUGACUUAGUGUAUCACUCAUUAAUGAUGUUUUUAUUUUAUUUUAAAGGUCGACAUUUUAGUUAUUCUUGUUUUGUUAUUUGGUAUUUCAUUAGGAUCCCCAUUAGCUGUUGCAAAAGUAGUAGCUACAAUUUCUUCAUGAAUCAUGACAUAACACAGAACAGACAAGAGCAGCUCAAAGACAGAACUAUACCAGUUUAUAAAAUCCACACGUAGCGUAACCUGUAUCUCCUCACACUGACCCGGUACCGGAGCCCCCUGUUUAUAGCCUCGUUAUUGUUAUGUUAGUGUGUUACUUUUCUUUAACUAUUUUUACUUUAGUUUAUUUAAGGUGUGUUAAAUAUAUUGUACACACAUGUCAUUUCUCUAUGAUACUAGUGAUACUAGUGUGUAACAUUUAAAUGACAGUAUCUGUUCUGGUGCAGGUGGUGGUCUUCAUGUAAAGUGGCAAUCUGUGAUCUGGAAUUCCAUUUUAGGAUUUAAAAUAAAUGUACCCAUUGAUUCUUGAAGAUUAUAACUUAUAAAUGCCUCAUGAUUUUAGUCCAACUGUCAUUUCCCAUCAGAACCCAAAAUGUAAACUUUUUUUACUCCAUUGUUUGUAAAAAAUGUAAUUGUCAACAAACACGGUUUAGUCUCAAAAACAUAAUAUAAACUAUAAUGUUGAUAUCAUAGAUAGUCAUCCUGCAUAGUCUCAGAAACAUAGUUUAAACUAUAAUGUUGAUAUCAUGCAUGGUCAUCCUGUAUAGACUCAGAAACAUAGUUUAAACUAUAAUGUUGAUAUCAUGGAUGGUCAUCCUGUAUAGUCUCAGAAACAUAGUUUAAACUAUAAUGUUGAUAUCAUGGAUGGUCAUCCUGUAUAGUCUCAGAAACAUAGUUUAAACUAUGAUGUUGAUAUCUGUCUGUCCUUUUAUAUGUUGUUCUGUCUGUUAAUUUGAGAGUGGUUACAUUUCUCUAGCGCCAUCCUAAAGAUUUUCACAAAACAGUGGUGGGGUUUACGCUUUGUUAUUGGUUGAACUGCAGAUUGCCCUUUAACUAUUUGACUAUGGUACAUUCAUCCUUUACACUGUACA